AGUUUUGGCUCCCGGGAAAGGUUCCACUCCUCCGGGAUAGAGGGUUGAGUUUUGUAUGCUUCCAUCCAUUCUGCAAGACGCUAAAGGCCCCUCAUCAACCUCUCCUGUGUCCAGGAACACCUCCAUAGUAAUCAUUUCGUUUAUUUGUCUUUUUGGAGCUGGAGCGCCUUGCCAGAAGUGGUCGAUUCAGCUGAAGCUUGUUUGAUGCUUGUUGUAUGAUGACUCCAGUUUGAGGAGCCAUCACCAAAACAAAAAAAGUUUUCUUCAAACGCAUUUCGAAUAAAAACUUGAAUAAAACAGAAGCAACUACAACCAUAUCCUGCUAUUUGAACGACUUCUUCAACGACUAGGAUCAGGUUCCAACCAGCUGCGGAGAUAGGCUACUGUAACCCACUCUGUAAAUUGUUCAUGUCGUGCCAACACAGGACGGGCUCAAGGAGAAAGGACUUGUGAACUCAACUGGGACUUUUCUUUCGUUCUACACGUUAAUCUACAACAAACUAUUUUACUGUUAUUUUGUCAACCGCCAAGAAGGAAAGAUUGCUCUUCAACAACUACCUUCCUAUUAUUCUCAUUUGGCUGGAGCGGGUUUGUACGAAACUGUUUUAAUGUUUGGAAUUCAGGACAAUAUAGGCUUACCUAGAGGAGGGACGACUAUGAAAGAGGAACCGCUGGGCAGCGGGAUGAACUCGGUCCGCUCGUGGAUGCACACAUCUGGCGUAGUGGAUGCGAACACUGCCGCCCAAAGCGGUGUGGGUUUGGCUCGGGCACACUACGAGAAGCAACCACCGUCCAAUCUCAGAAAAUCCAACUUUUUCCACUUCGUUCUUGCGCUGUAUGACAGGCAAGGGCAGCCCGUGGAGAUCGAACGGACAGCUUAUGUGGACUUUGUGGAGAAGGACAAAGAACCAAACAGUGAAAAAACUAACAAUGGGAUACAUUACAAACUACAGUUAUUGUACAGCAACGGUGUCAGAACAGAGCAGGAUCUUUUCGUACGAUUAAUCGAUUCCAUGACAAAACAGGCUAUUAUCUAUGAAGGUCAAGACAAAAACCCAGAGAUGUGCCGAGUUCUUCUCACACACGAAAUCAUGUGCAGUCGGUGUUGUGACAAGAAGAGUUGUGGCAACAGGAACGAGACUCCUUCAGACCCCGUUAUCAUCGACAGAUUCUUCUUGAAAUUCUUCCUCAAGUGCAAUCAGAACUGCUUGAAGAAUGCAGGAAACCCACGAGACAUGCGCAGAUUCCAGGUUGUUGUAUCAACAACGGUCAACGUGGACGGUCACGUCCUGGCUGUCUCGGACAACAUGUUUGUCCACAACAACUCCAAGCACGGCAGAAGGGCUCGACGUCUAGACCCUUCUGAAGCAGCCACCCCUUGCAUCAAAGCCAUCAGCCCCAGUGAAGGAUGGACCACGGGAGGAGCCACAGUCAUCAUCAUAGGAGACAACUUCUUCGAUGGCCUCCAAGUCGUGUUCGGGACGAUGCUUGUGUGGAGUGAGCUGAUUACACCCCAUGCCAUCAGAGUGCAGACCCCACCCAGGCACAUCCCAGGAGUCGUGGAAGUCACCCUCUCCUACAAGUCCAAGCAGUUCUGCAAAGGGGCUCCCGGACGAUUUGUCUACACUGCUUUGAACGAGCCGACCAUCGACUACGGCUUCCAGAGGCUACAGAAGGUUAUUCCCAGACAUCCAGGAGAUCCAGAGAGGUUACCGAAGGAGGUGUUGCUGAAGAGAGCAGCUGACCUUGUGGAGGCUCUGUAUGGAAUGCCCCACAACAACCAGGAGAUCAUCUUGAAGCGAGCGGCCGACAUCGCGGAGGCCCUGUACAGCGUCCCACGUAACCACAACCAGAUCCCUUCACUGGGCAACACGGCGUCGCACGGCGGCAUGAUGGGGGUCAACUCGUUCGGCAGCCAGCUCGCCGUCAACGUCUCAGAAACAUCACAGGGUAAUGACCAGGUAGGAUACAGCCGUCAAACCAGCAGUGUGUCCCCUCGAGGCUACGUCCCCAGCAGCACCCCACAACAGGCCAACUACAACACCGUUAGCAACAGCAUGAACGGCUACGGCAACCCCAUGUCCAAUCUGGGAGUGCCCAGCUCACCUGGCUUCCUCAACGGCUCCUCUGCCAACUCACCCUACGGCAGUAAGUAUCAAGUAGUGCCUUCAAGCCCUACCAUGGCAGCCUCUUCGGUCAGCCUCUCUUCAAACUGUAGCAGUACACACGGCAUUUUCUCAUUCUCACCUGCCAAUGUCAUCUCUGCAGUGAAGCAAAAGAGCGCCUUUGCCCCUGUUGUAAGGCCUCAAGCUUCUCCACCACCUUCUUGCACCAGUGCAAAUGGCAAUGGACUUCAAGCGAUGUCUGGCCUCGUUGUCCCACCCAUGUGAACUUCCUCUUCUUCUCCGAGCACCAGUCAUCAUAAACGGACUGCAGGGGACUUGUUCAGUACCUUUAGAAGAUUCUGGUUGGAUCUGUGUCAUCAAUCAUGAAUAAAAUCAACAACUUUAUUCUGUUAUUCAGAGAAAAAAAGACUUUGUUUCAAAGAUUUUAUUCAAACAAUUAUGAAUUGUGACAUGCAAGAAACGUUGUCCUUAACAAUUUAAUUUUACUGACUGAUUUCUUGUCAUAUUUUCACAUUUCUCAGUCUUGAAGAAAAAAAAGGAAGUAAAAAGCCUAUUUUGUAAUAAUGUGUCUGGUUUGAUCUUGGCUAUGUCUCGUUGUUGCUAUGUAUUGGGAGAAUCUUUGUGGAUGCGCAAUUUGAUGAACGACACUGAUCACAAUGCCUCAGAAUACGUUUCUCUUUACAUGAUGCACAACAGUUCAGCAUCUCUAUAAUGUGAAUUCAUUUUUUCCUUUCUCUUUUUAAUUUGUGGUAAGAGAAAAGGGGGCCCUAAGACAGUGUGAACCAUUACAACUGGAAAUAAUAUGAAAUAUAUGAUUUUAAAAAACAAACAUUAACAUGAAUAAGUAAAUAAGAAUAAUCUGAGGGGCUGGCAGAGGAGAUUUCAUCAUGCUUACUUACUUUAUCAAAAAAAAAGGAACUUUCUAACUUAUUCUAGGUAGAAAUUGUAAGUCAAUAUAUAUUUUUUUGGCCUUCAAAAAGCACACUAACAGAGAUGAAAAGCUACUGUCUGUUGGUAAAAAUAAACUACUUCCACUGCUGCAGCUUCCAGUUAAGCAAGUGUGAUCUGCAAGGUUUUUCAACUUUUUGCUAGCACUGUAUAAUAUUGCAUUCUUAGGCUAUUGUGAAGUCUAUGUUUCUUGUAUCAGAAAGGUGUCCUUUUACUUCUGUCUCCUUAUCCCCUAAUGUGUUUUGUAUGUGGUUAUACAAUUGUAGACUUUUGUGAUUUUGCCAAAGUUGUAGCUAAAUAUUUAUACACUUGUCUUGAAUUUUUUCCAGAUCCACUUAAAUAUUUAGUACAGAGUUUUAUUCCUUAUUAAAAAAAACAGUAAGGGGUAAAUAAUCGUAUACAUUGCAACACUUUCACAUAAACACUUGCGGUCGCUAAGGGAAUUUUUGUAACAUAUCAAUUAUAAAUAUUGUAUUUAUCUUCGGAAAUUUGUAAAUUGCUUUCAAUCAUUUUAAUUUGAUCUUGUACGUAUUGUUUGUCAUGGCCAGAUAUUGUGAUGCAGCACAGAGCAUAAAGCCAAUAACUAUUACCUACAUUCACUUUGUUUGUAUCGAUAGAUUGCAAUGUCUAAACAUGUCAUUUGUAUCUCAAAUUGACAUUUACUUAGUCAAAAUAAUUCAUUUUGUUGGUCAUUAUUUUGUUAUUUUGAGAAAAACUGUCAAAGUUCAUUGUUUAUUUUUGUAUUAAUAUAAGUUAUAUAAAACAAAAUACUUUUUUUUUUUUUUAUAAAACUGUUUGUUGUAUAGUCCAAUAACUUGUUUGUGACACCUGGCUGUAGUAAUAAUAGUAGAAAACGUGCAUGUCCAGCCGCCCGCCCCCCGGGGUAUGAUUCAAUUUGUGGUUGUACAUUAUGUUUUCGUAGAAUGUAAAAAGUCAUUUUUACCUGCUACCCCAUAUCACUUAGCUGAACUGUCUUAAACAGGGAACAAAAACACACAUAAAAAACCAUCUAAUCUGGAAUAGAAACUACAUGUUAAGAAACACCAAUCAUUACUCCACGGAGAGGAUCUAUGGUGUAAAAAGCACAAACAUUUUUUUACUAAAAAUAAAAAAGAAGUAUUGUGACCCCUUCAUAUUUAGACUAUUUUGUGUUUACAUUUUUUUGUUAGUACUUGGCUUAACAUUAACUCCCCCAAAUCAGUGUGAAAAUCUAAAGAGAUGUUGAAGAGAUUUUAGACAUUUAGUAUCACAAGACAGGAUGCUCUGUAUUGAACAUGGCAUUUUGUAAUAAUUCCAUCAAAUACUGUAGCAUCAAACUGUAGCUGAAUUCAGUCGUCCUUCUUCUUCUUCUUCUUCUUCUUCUUCUUCUUCUUCUUCUUCUUCUUCUUCUUCUUCUUCUUCUUCUUCUUCUUCUUCUUCUUCUUCUUCUUCUUCUUCUUCUUCCCCCACCACACUAUUGAUUUCCCUGGUUGUGCCAAAUCAACCCACGAGACACACAUUUCUAUCAAGAUGUUUUCUUUUCAUCUUUUACUUUGCACUUAACACUUUGUAAAACAUCUCCUAUUGUAAUGUUAAGUAGCAGCAGGACUGUUUUUUUUUGUUUGUUUGUUUUUUUUACCAAAAAGGGAUGUUCCCUCUCGGCAAACUGCACACAAGUUUUUUCUUUUCCAUGAGGAAGCACGAUGUACGGCAGCUGUACAAAUAAAUAAAUAAGUGAUGAAUGUGCAAUGUAUUAGCUUUGUGAUAGCGCAACAAAGCUAAGUGGGGAAGGCUGAGAAGUCACCUUGAACGAGACACUCAAGGUUACAUGAAGAACAUUUGGGAAUUUGAUCUUUUCUGCAAUUAGUUUUUUUUUUUUUGUGUGUGUGUUUUUUUCUUCUGCUAAUUAGACCAUGCACUCAUUGCUGUGUUGCCUUCAGUCUGAGGAUCUCACUAAAUGGUCAGCUAUUCAUUUCGUUUAAUGUGUAAAUUUUUUGUGUUUGCUUUAGUCCACAUUUUUACAAAUAACUGUAUAAAGAUGUUCAUUUUACACAAUAUUUAAUAAAAGUAUUUCUUGUCUGUGAA